CAUCCACUUCCCCCCUUCCCACCCACCAGAAGAGCAAUGCCUUCCCUCGAUCUCAUUGAUCACUCUCCUCAGCAACCCGCGGCCGCUCCACCACUGGCCAAUGCCUCCAACGUCAUUAUCAUUGACAAUUUUGACUCAUUCACUUGGAACAUCUAUCAGUACUUUGUCCUGGAGGGCGCCACAGUCCACGUCUUCCGGAAUGAUGAAAUCAGCAUUGAAGAGCUGACGGCCAAAAUGCCAACCCAAUUAGUCAUCAGUCCAGGUCCAGGACACCCAAAGACCGAUUCGGGGAUUAGCAGAGACGCCAUCAAGCACUUUGCCGGCAAGAUUCCAAUCCUGGGAGUUUGUAUGGGCCAGUGAGUCACUUGUCACUUGUCACCUGAUCCAUCGUCUUGUUCCAAUCUCAGUCCAACUGCAUAUAGAAGCUGACUUGAGUGAAAGACAAUGCAUGAUUGAUCUCUUUGGGGGCGAAGUGAAAUAUGCGGGCGAGAUUCUUCACGGAAAGACAUCACCUAUUCGCCAUGACUCGAAAGGUGUUUACCGUAAUAUCCCACAAGACGUCCCCGUCACCCGUUAUCAUUCUCUUGCUGGCACUUACCCCACGCUUCCGGAAUGCCUGGAAGUUUCCUCGUGGAUUGCACAAGGGCCUGACGGUGGAAAGGGUGUGAUUAAGGGUGUGAUUAUGGGUGUCCGACACAAAGAAUUCGUCCUUGAGGGGGUUCAAUUCCACCCAGAAAGCAUUCUCACUGCUGAAGGCCGCCUCAUGCUCAAGAACUUCCUCCAGAUGCAGGGCGGGACCUGGAAAGUGAAUGAGAAAUCAAAAGGAGUCGUUGAGAGCAAAAGCCCAAAGUCGGGCAGCAAAAAGGAAAACAUUCUGGAGAGAAUAUUUGCCCAUCGGAAAGCGGCCGUUGCGGUGCAGAAAGAAAUCCCCUCGCAGCGCCCAAGUGAUCUUCAAGCAUCGUACGAACUUGGCGUUGCACCACCUCUCAUUUCUUUUGUUGGCAGAUUGAAAAAAUCCCCCUUCCCAUUAUCCCUCAUGGCCGAGAUCAAGCGAGCGUCCCCUUCCAAGGGAAUAAUCUCCUUGUCUACCUGUGCACCUGCUCAGGCUAGAACGUAUGCUUUGGCCGGAGCCAGUACCAUCUCAGUCCUGACAGAGCCCGAGUGGUUCAAGGGAAGCAUCGACGAUUUACGAGCUGUGCGACAAGCUUUGGAAGGAAUGCCAAACCGACCUGCCGUCCUUCGGAAGGAGUUUGUGUUCGAAGAAUACCAAAUUCUCGAGGCUCGCUUAGCUGGAGCCGACACUGUCUUGUUGAUAGUAAAGAUGCUGGAUGAAGCUACAUUGACGCGACUCUAUCUCUACUCCCAAUCUCUAGGUAUGGAACCUUUGGUUGAGGUCAACAAUGCCGAGGAGAUGGCGAUAGCAGUCAAACUUGGUUCCAAGGUCAUUGGUGUUAACAACCGCAAUUUGACAAACUUUGAGGUUGAUUUGGAUACUACUAGCCGACUUCUGGACCAGGUGCCAAAAGAGACUAUCGUUUGCGCUCUGAGCGGUAUUUCCGCUCCACAAGAUGUUGAGGCUUAUAAAAGCAAUGGUGUUGGAGCAGUUCUGGUGGGAGAGGCUCUGAUGCGAGCAAAGGACACUUCUAGUUUCAUCCGCGAGCUUCUAGGCGCAUCACAACUAGUUACCAAAUCAGCACCCGGUGGUCUCCUGGUCAAGAUUUGUGGUACCCGAAAACCCGAAGCUGCUGAAGAGGCGAUCAAAGCAGGCGCAGAUCUCAUUGGGAUGAUAUUAGUCCCUGGGCGAGGUCGGCAUGUGCCUUACAAAGACGCCAUCGCAAUAUCGAAAGUGGUUCGCCAAACCCUAGUCACCACUGGAAGCGUCGCCAGCGACAGAAUCGGGAGUCGAGCAACCGACUUUUAUGCAAACGCAGCUUCAAACAUCUCAAGUCAUCGCGCCUUACUAGUGGGGGUUUUCCAAAAUCAACCUCUUGAAGAAGUUUUAGAGUUGCAAAAAUCCUACGAACUUGACAUAGUUCAACUACAUGGGGACGAGCCUUUGGAAUGGGCCAACAUCAUUCCGGUGCCUGUGAUUCGAAGCUUCAAGCCUAAUCAGCAGGGUCUUGGACAACGCGGCUACCAUACUGUUCCACUUCUUGAUGCUGGAUCGGGAGGAUCUGGGGAGAGAUUGGAUAUGAGUGAAGUUCGGGAUGCUUUAUCUAAGGAUCAAGAACUCCGCGUUUUGCUCGCCGGGGGUCUCAAUCCUGACAAUGUGUCAGAUGCUGUGCGCGCGGCGGGAGAACUCGGUGAGAGGAUUAUUGGAGUAGAUGUGAGCUCUGGGGUGGAGGAGAAUGGGGGACAGAGUAUCGAAAAAAUCCGGGCAUUCAUCAAAGCUGCAAAGUCUGUUCGGUAGACGAGCAUCUUGCAUGGUUUUCGCCCUUCAAUUAUCAUUUAUUAGUAGUUGACACUUGGACUUUUAUAAACUUGAGCAAAGUUCCAAGGCCAACGAAUAAAAUCCGUCUUCCUCUCCUUCGAAGUGUCACAUCUACCAUUUGAUGGUUAGUUUUUGUCUUGACUCAUGCUAACCUGACUCAACGAAAUCCAAAUCCGUUUAGCUCGCCAACGAACGCCUGAUGACCUUUUCCUUCUCUACGUACUUAUAUAGUUCUCCAUCUUUUAUUUUGUUGCACAUCGCAUUUCCAGAAGGUUCCAACCAUUGCCGUUCUGCCGUUUCUGACCCCUUGACCUGAUCUGUUGACACACAUUGGUGGCAAGAUGGCGAGAACGGCAACUUAUUUACUGUCAUGUAUAUGCGUAAGACUACGAACGAAUGAUGAAAGAAAUCGAAG